AUGCACCUUGGUAGCUCAAAAUUAGGCCAGAGUUUAUUUUUUAUGCCCGGCAACGAUGACUGGAAACGUGUGCGCUCUAUACUAUCGCCGGUGUUUACAUCGGGUAAACUCCGGGCAAUGAUGGGUCGCAUCGGCGGCAUUGCCGACAAAUUAGUCCAAAUUCUGAUUGAAUUAGAAAAAAACGGUCGCAUCGGCGGCAUUGCCGACAAAUUAGUCCAAAUUCUGAUUGAAUUAGAAAAAAACGGAAAACCAGUGGAUAUGCGCAAUUACGUGGGCGCGUUUACCAUGGAUGUGAUCAGUGCCUGUGGUUAUGGCAUAGAAACGGAUUCAAUUAAUAAUCCGGAUCAUCCCAUAGUAAUCAAUGCUAAACGUCUACUCGCGUCUACCAGCAAAUUACCCACAAUACUGUCGGUGUUGACACCCGGGUUGGCCCGACUCUUUCAUCUCGAGCCGUUUGAUAAACAAUCCAAACGACGGACAGAUUUCAUACAAUUAAUACUAGAUGCGGAAAAUUCGGACAAAGAGUUGAACUCUCAUUCCGAUAGUGAACCGGAAGUGGACGACGAGUCCGUCGGUGGAGUGUCGACAAUAAAAUACAAUUUAACCCUUUCGCCGGACGAGAUGGUAGCCCAGGGUUUGACAUUUUUCACAGCCGGUUACGACACGACAAGUGCUUCAAUAACAAACUCCCUGUACUUUUUGUCCAAACACCCGGACUGUCAGCAAAUACUAUACGAAGAGUUGCGAAGUUGUGAUGAGUUUACGUACGAAAAGUUAUCGCAACUAAAAUACUUGAACGCAGUUAUCAAUGAAACACUACGUCUCGCGCCUUCACUAACACGUUAUCAACGAGAAUGUCUUCAGGACUACAAACUUGGAAAUACCGGAAUAACAAUACCAAAGGGCGCAUCGGUUGAGAUCUAUCCAUACGCUCUGCAUAGGGACCCAGACUUUUGGCCCAACCCUAACGACUUCAUACCCGACCGAUUCCUAAACCCAGUACACCAUCCCUAUGCUUACAUACCCUUUAGCAGCGGACCCCGAAUAUGUCUAGGUCAACGAUUUGUUAAACAAGAAAUGCGAAUGUGUCUGGCUAAAUUAAUAACUAAACUAGAAUUUUCCAUGUGCAAUCAAACUAUAUUGGAAUACCUUAAAGUUGUGCAAUACUGUUAUAAACACUUUUGA